CGCUCCCCGCUCGGCACCUCCCUGACCCCUGAUGGUGCCAGCACCGUCCUAUUUGUACAGUGUUUCUCAGUGCGAAUCAGCGGCACCACAAUCAAAAGGAAGCUAACUUAAAUUGUAACUACCUGUGCCCCCAUCCCCUACCCAAUGAAUCAAAAUCUUUGGUGGGUGAGGAGAACCUGAGAAACUGCAUUUUAAACAAACAUCGUCUGGGAUUCUUCCGCUCCAAGUGUAAGAACCAGUUCCUAGAUGGAAUAUGGAAACCCAGAAAGCACUGAGGAAGAACCAGUAAAAAGACACAGACUAGAGCCCGCCCCGGAAAUGCGUAUGCUAGCUUUCUGUGUGCUUAGGUGCCCGAGCUACUGAGGGUCUAGGUCCGGACAGCCGAAAAGAGUGUGGUUAGCAAGAUGAACAAAGAUGCGCAGAUGAGAGCAGCAAUUAACCAAAAGUUGAUAGAAACUGGAGAAAGAGAAUGCCUCAAAGAGUUGCUGAGAGCUAAAUUAAUUGAAUGUGGCUGGAAGGAUCAGUUGAAGUCACACUGCAAAGAAGUAAUUAAAGAAAAAGGACUAGAACACGUUACUGUUGACGACUUGGUGGCUGAAAUCACACCAAAAGGCAGAGCCCUGGUACCUGACAGUGUAAAGGAGCUCCUACAAAGAAUAAGAACAUUCCUUCUUCAGCAUGCAGACUUUAAGACUGAAUUAGAUUGUUGUUUUGUGGUUUUAUUUCUGAAAGUAAAACUUGCCAUAAAUUAGGAAUCGAUUUCCCAAAAUAAAAUCCUUUUUUGUAUGAUGGUAUACAGUUUUCAGUAAUGUAUACAAUUGUAUAGAUUUUUUUCCCCCUAAAUGUGUUAUUUUAAUAAGUAUCUCAUGAAUGAGUUUGAAGUUUCCUUGGAUUUUGGAAUAAAUGGGACUUUAUUAAUAAUUCAUCAGAUUUGUUAAGAGAAAAAGUCAAGCAGCUAAUAUAGUUUAAGUGUUAAGUAUGUAAACGUUAAGUAAGCAAAUCUCUGUAAUAACAAUUAAGGAGAGGUAAGCAGCCUCCUCUGAUUGUUUGGAUGUAGUGUAUGCCUCUUUUGAAUUCCUGUAUUUUAUAAUAUAUGUCCCAUCUUGUAAAAAAAAAAAAAAAGACACAGACUAGAGGAACAAGGCUAAAGUGACAUCCUAGACACCAACGAAGAAGAGUCCCAAAUAGAGAGCAAACAUCCAUAGUGCUAAGAGGUAAACUAGGGUGUAGCUUCUUAAAAAGCCAGAGUCUCAUUUAAGCUAUCACCAGUCACCAGUGGAAUGUAGAGAUACAGACUACUGACUGAGACUUAAGAAAUUUGGAAGCAAGAUCCUUUUUGACUCACCUCCUAGAGAAAUGGAAAUAAA